AUGGAAGCGGAACUUCCCGCGCGCUGGAAGGGGUUGACUAUGAGCCAAUACGAUGACACUACUGAUCCGGAGGAGCACGUGGACGUCUUCACCGCCCAGGCAGGAUUGUAUACUUCGGACGACGCGAUCCUCUGUCGUGUUUUCCCAACAUCCCUAAAAGGGCCGACACUCAAUUGGUUCACACGAUUACCACCCAACUCUAUCGAUUAUUUCGAUACAUUGGCCACCCGUUUCGGCAUACAGUUUGCCACUAGUAAGCCACACCACCUUACUUCUCUAGCAUUGGUAAAUAUACGGCAGGAAAAAGGAGAGUCUUUGCGGGAGUUUAUGGAACGAUUUGGGAAGAUAUCCUUGAAUAUCUCUAAUUUAAAUCCUAAGGUCGCCAUGCACCACCUCAUCACAACACUAAAGCCUGGCCCUUUCAUUGAGAGUCUGUGCAAGAAGCCCGUGAACAAUCUGGAUGAACUUCGGACCAGGGCCACCAAAUUCAUGCAGAUGGAGGAACUAAAAGAAUUCCACAAUACAACUCGACCGGACGCACAGGAGAAGAGGCACCAUGAUAGAGAGCGAACGUUGGCACCCCGAUCCGGCCACAGGUUCAAAGACUCUAGGCAGCCGAAAUACAGGAGGUACACGCCUCUCGUGUCCAACAGAGCCAGAAUUCUGGAGGAAGCACUGAACACCGAUCUAAUAACAGCCCCUCAAAGGGCCCCGACUCCCCCGAAGCAUUGUCGGUAUCACCGAAAUUAUGGGCAUACAAUAGAGGAAUGUUUUACCUUGAAAGACAAAAUUGAGGAACUGAUACAGGCGGGACACCUAAGAAGAUUCGUAAAACGGGAAGGCGGAGGAUUCUCAACAAGGGGAGAACGAGAAAAAUGCUACGAGGAGCAACCACGAAGGACAUCCGGGUACCGAGAGAGGGAAGGAGAAGACACCCGCAGAAGGGUCGAACCUAAAAAAGAUGAUGAGCAGGAUACGAGAGAAAGGCCACUAAGAGGAGUAAUUAAUUACAUUUCAGGAGGCUUCGCAGGAGGUGGGGCCACUACGUCUGCAAGGAAGAAAAGUAUGUGCGAGCAAUUUAAAGUGUCAAUGCCAUGA